AUGUGCAUACUCCAUAGAAAAAAACACCAAAAAAAAGAGGGGGGGAGGAGGAGGAGGAGGAGGAAUUGGAGCAGGAGGAGGAGGAUUGGAGCGCAGGGGAGUUUGGAGGUUAUUAUGGCGCUCAAUUACCCGUCGUGCUCAUUCUUGGUGAGCGACGAGUGCUCUGCCCUGAUGCGGGGGUGUGGAUGCUGGUCGGAGGAGGCCUCGCCCCUCUCGUCCCCAGGGGUCAACUCCAGGCGCUGGGAUGAUUUCGAGCCGGACCCUGCGGAUCUAUUGCCCGCGGAUCCCUUCGGGAUGAACUUGGGGAACACCAUCACUGCAGCCAUCGCCAGUUGCCUUGACCGCACGGUCAUGUCUGGUGCAGGGCGUUUUGUUGGAAGCAGUGACGGCGGCGCGGCUGUUCGUGCCGACUUGAGUUAUUACCUGGACCUGAAUCAUGCUAUUGCGCUCUCCUGGGAGCCACCUUUCCUCCCGGGUGGCUGCAGGCGUGCUUUUGAGGGGCCUUUUGGGUUUGGAGGCCUUUAUGCUGCCGGAGGCGCCAACUGCUCUCAAGGAUUGCCUCCCCUUGCGUCCUGCUCACGGCAAAUUGUACCUGGAGAGGAUCCAUCUACUUCUGGCAGUGCUGCAUUGGUGUGCCGUGAUGGAGUUGAUGCCGUGGGAGCGUCAUGCUCAUGGCCAAUUGUACCCGGAGAGGACCCAUCUCCUUCUGGCAGUGCUGCAUUGGUGUGCCGUGAUGGAGUUGAUACCGUGGGAAGUGCACCGCAUGACGGGAUGAAGUAUGCUCUUGCCUAUCUUGGGCUUCGUGACAUCCUAGCUACAGAGAUGGUGUGCAAGUCUUUGCAUUCAUGGAUCCGCACUCAUUCCUUAGUGUGGAAGUGUAUCCAUGUUGAACCGGUAUUGAGUGGGAAGAUUACUGAUCCUGAUCUUCUACGUCUGACACAGAAGAUUCCAGGUGAUUUGCAGUGUCUAAAUAUAAAUGACUGCAUAAAUAUCACCGACAAUGGUUUGAAUGCUGUUCUCCAAAGCAAUCUGAGGUUAACAAAGUUGAGUAUUGCGCGCUGCCCGCGGUUAACUUUGGAUGGUCUUAUUGCCAAUCUAAAGUCAUUUAAUAUGAAAGCAGUGUCGGGUAUUAAGUGCCUCAGAAUUGACAAAAACUUCAAUUUACCAAAAGAGGAUUAUGAGGAGUUAUUAUCCUUGUUGAGCAUCGACAAGAGACAGGAGUUGCACAACCGGGCUCCGCGAUUCCGUCAUUCUAAUCAUUUUUUAUUAGAUUGCAAUGACGGAUAUGCUCUUGAUAUUGAGAUGUGCCCCAUCUGUCAAAGUUACAAACUUGUUUUUGACUGCCCUGAAGCGGAGUGCAGUGACAAGAGAUCUGGCAAGUGCAGAGCAUGUGAGGUUUGCAUCAAGAGAUGCCGGCAGUGUGGAAGGUGCUUAGAACGAAAUGAGAAGUUUGAAGAGAAAUUUGAUCUGGUCUACCUUUGCUACAAGUGUCGAGGCGAUCCGGCUUCACCAUCUCUCGGUGUGGAAAAGGAUCUGGUCUCCAUUUUAUCCAGUGGAAGAAUACCUUCUCCUUGA